UUCAUAGUUUUUGCUUCCUUAUUCACCUAAAUCUCUAUUAUUAUUUAUAGUUUUUGCUUCCUUCUUACAAUAUCUUCUUCUUCCUCAAGGAUGAUGUGGGAAAUCGAUCAGCAAGAGGAAGAAUUGUUUAACCAAUCAGAAGGAAUGUUCAAACGCCAUGCGGCCCAAAAUCAAAGGGAAGAGGAUGAGAAGCGUAGACGGAGAGACGACGAAUCAAGAAUGGCAAGAGCCUCACAUUCCCCGUCGAGUCAUCCAAGUUGUGGCUCAGAUCUGCAGGCCCAACUGUGUUGUAAACAUUGAUAGAGACAUGCAACGACGAGAAAAAAAAUUAAUAAAGACGUCUGACGUAAGCUGACGUCAGACCCAUCUCGGGCUCAAGGGCCGGCACCAAUGUACGGGCCUGGCGCUCGGGCUUGCUCCAGCUCCCUCGCCAGCCAAAGCUGGCCUUGCUCCCUCGGGCGAUCCGGCCUUGUUCCACCCACUGUCCCUCCAGCAAUUCAUCCCGCUGGAGUUGCUCUUUUAGUGUGUUGGCUAUAACGUGACCGUUUGGGGUUCUUGUUACAACAAACCGAAUCAAAGAGAACGUUGUGUGAAAGUUGGGGUCGUCAUGGAUUCGUCGAUGGCUGCCGGUAAAGUGCAGGCUUCUUGUUGGAAUUUUUUAGUCAGGAAUAGCCCAAAAACAGAGAACAGCGGUAGUAGGAGUUUUGAAAAUCCUCAAGACAUUGGGAGGUGGCUAAUGCAGGUGUUGAAGGAGAAUGCUACUGCAAGGAGUGCCAUUCCAGACUUGGAAGAGAAAAAAAAUUCGUCACAUGGAAAGAGGAAAACAGUAUGCAAGCCCUUACAAAGCCCAUUUAUUUUUUGGACCCAUGGAAUGAUAGGAAUUUGGGAUCCAAUGAAAAGAUUCAAGCACCUUGCUAGCUUAGAUGCUGUGAAAUUAAGGGAGAUGCGUCCAGAUUAUAUACCGGUGAUUUUGAAGAAGGAUGCAAGGAGUGACGUUCCUGACGUUGACAUGAGGAGAUGUCAUGUCUAUGGUGGUACCCCUCUUAGGGAAUUUGUUCAUUUUCUUCGGGGGCACAUCCGCUCUAAAAAACCUAUAUUUGUCUUUUUCAAGAACACUAAGCCUCCCAACAGUGCCUUGAUGUCUGCCAUCCAUGAGGAAAACAAGGAUGAAGAUGGCUUUCUUUAUGUGACCUACAGUGGAGAAAAAAGUUACAUAAAUGAGGACAGCCGUGGUGGGAGUUUUGACUUGGGCAAAGUUCUUAUAAGCAAGAAAAUCAUCUAGAAAGCAUGCAAGCAGAACAGAACAAUCCAGAUCCGAUACCGAGAAAGCUGCUGAAAAGAGUGACAUUCCAGAGAUUCAAGAGAAGUUUGUUGCCAAUGACUUUGUGCCCCAAUUGUCUUAAUUUUUAUUGCUACAUUGGAACAAGAUGCUUCAGUUUUCACUUACGCUUUUAAUAUAUUUUCAGAAGUUUGCUAGAGAAAAGAAGGAAAAGAGCCUCUGUGGACAUAACGAGAAACGCGUUUGUGCAUUUAGACCCUUGGAAUCAGAGACCAUACAAGAUGGCUUUGUCUACCAGUCCUAGCAUGAGCGAGAACAUGAGGAAGUUAGUUGCAAAUUCUCUCUUUUGCUUUAAUUGUCUUGAUUUGUAUGCUAUUA